AUGUUAAUCAUGUUAACCAAACUAACAACGAAAUUGUACGUGAUAAAUGCAAGAGAUGAGACCAGGGAACCCAACAACUAUGGACAGAAACCGCCAAAUGAAAAAAAAAAUGUUUUGGAGGACCAUCACCAAAGUGCCCGAAGGCAAAGGACAACGCCUGAUGAUUGCGCAUGCAGGGACGGCAAACGGCAACGGCAAACAAACAAACAUGUACCCAAUUGUUUGUUGGCUUUCAAAUCAACAAAAACUACAGAAUAUCAUGAGGAGAUGAAUUUCAAAAAGUUCAAAGAGUGGUUUAUAACAUUACUAGAAAAUCUUCAUGAACCACAUAUGAUUAUUAUGGAGAACGCGCCGUACCAUUCCCAGAAAAGGACAAAGCUCCAACAUCCGCAGCAGAGCGAAGGCAUUGAAGGCAAUGAAAAUAUGUUGAAACACAAAUUGGUCCGAUUAGUGAAAGAAAACAAACCCAGAAAGCCAAUCUACAUUUUGGAAGAAAUCGCUGAACAGCAUGGUCAUACGGUCAUGCAUCCAAACAACACAUCUCCGCCAAUUACAGCUAAGAAAAUGCUGACUUUAUUGCAAAAUACCUGUGAUAACGUUACUGCGGAUGACUGGAGAAAAGUCGUAGAACAUACAAAAAAAUUUAUACUAGAAGACUGGGAGUGA